AACACUAUUCAUAAGGCUUCUACAACACUGUCCGAUAAUUUUACGCGCGGGUCUACUUCGUAUUUGGUGUAUGGAACUGAAUGGAAUACAUUUCUUGAAGCAUUUGUGGUCUAGAUAUAGAACGUACAGUGGGUGUGACUUAGUUUUGUUCAUCUGUAAAAUUCAAUCGUAACUGAAGCAAAGCAAACAUGAGCGGCCAACAGUAUUAUCCUUUCAAAUGUACACCAACAGUCUACCCCGCGGACCCGUUCGACCCGGUAGCCGAUGCCGCCACGCUCAAGAAGGCCAUGAAAGGUUUCGGCACCGAUGAAAAAGCCAUCAUCGACGUCUUGGCCCGCCGCGGCAUCGUCCAGCGUCUCGAAAUCGCCGAAACCUUCAAAACCUCGUACGGAAAAGACCUCGUUUCCGAGCUCAAAAGUGAAUUAGGAGGCAAAUUCGAAGACGUCAUGGUAGCCCUGAUGACGCCGCUGCCACAAUUCUAUGCCAAAGAACUACACGACGCCGUGGCGGGUAUGGGAACCGACGAGGAAGCUAUUAUCGAGAUCUUGUGUACCUUGUCCAAUUAUGGAAUCCGUACCAUUGCACAAUUUUAUGAACAAAUGUAUGGCAAAAAUUUAGAAAAAGACUUAAAAGGAGAUACUUCUGGCCACUUUAAGAGACUGUGUAUUUCUUUAGUACAAGCUAACAGAGACGAAAAUCAAGGUGUAAACGAACAACAAGCCUUGGCCGAUGCCGAAGCACUCAUCGAAGCCGGAGAAUCAAAAUGGGGAACCGAGGAAUCCAUGUUCAAUCAAGUCCUCAUCACGAGAAGUUACCAACAAUUAAGAGCCACAUUUAGCGAAUACGAACGGUUAACGGGUAAAGACAUUGAACAAUCCAUCAAGAAGGAAUUCUCUGGUAGUAUCGAAAAGGGACUUCUAGGAAUUGUAAAAUGUGUGAAGAGCAAAGUUGGAUACUUUGCGGAACGCCUUCACGACUCGAUGUCCGGUUUGGGAACAAACGACAAAACUUUAAUUCGUAUCGUCGUUUCGAGAUCAGAAAUCGAUCUCGCCGAUAUCAAACAAGCUUUCUUGGACAAAUACAACAAAACUUUGGAGAGCUGGAUCCAGGAUGACGCUCCAAGUGAAAUAAAGUACGUUUUGAUACAGCUUGUGUGUUACGGUUAAAAAAAGUCCAAUCACUCAGGUUUUCGACAUGUUCAGAAAAAAUAUAUUUAAAGUAAAUUUUUUAAAAUAAUUUGUUUAAUAUAUACCUAUACAUACCUAUUUCUUAUUUAAUUAUUUUAGUUUAGGUGGCCUUAAUUGUUAUUCGAAUCACAGAGCUUUAUUAUAUAAGAUUUUAAACAUGUUGUUCGAUGUAAGGAGUUUUUGAUUUUUAUUUUUGUCUUUAAGUUUAUAUAUCGAAGAGGGUGUAGGGCAUUCUACAGUACUACUUUUGAAUCUUUUUAUAUAAAUAUGUAUGUUAUUUUUUUCCUCAUCUUUUAUAUAAGUGUUUGUAAAUGUGCUUUUUAUUGGUGCUUAACAGUAAAAAUGUUGAGAA